GACAUCAAGAAGGGCUUUGUAUCAAUAGUAGUUGCAGCCUCUGCUGAUGGUCAUAUGCGAAAAGCUAGCCGCAGACAAGCAUCAUCACUGCUUGUGCGGAUGCUCAUAGAUGCAACCUUCAUGCCUUUUGUGGCAAUCUCAAAAGCGACGCAGGGCACAACGUGCUAGAUUUCCAGUGUUGUAUCAGUAAAUCCCGCUUUCCCCUGAAAACCAAAAAAGUCACAUGCAGGUCCACGCGCGAAGCAAAAUAUCACCCGCACAUAAAAGAACGGACGCAUCCACAAAUUCAACGACCACCAAAGUUGUCGAUAUUAUUUCACGGCCGGAUCAACCUUUUUCGCCUGCUUGCUCUGCGGCGUUACGAAGUCUUAUGGAUUAUGUCCCUGAACUCAAUGGACCACUCCCAGUCCAGAUACAGGGCUUGUGUGGACCGCACGACUUGCGAGGCGCUGAACACAUCAUGGCUGUGGCGAGCUCGUGGUUCGCGCUUCUAGUGGUUCAUUACGUGUGGAAUUUCUUUUUCGAGUCCGCCGAACAAGGAAACCGUCGUCUUUGCACAAUGCCAACGUAUCAUCUCUAUAAGCCACAGCACCAACGAGCAAACGAAACUUGCCAACAACUCUGCACAUUGUCGAUCCAGCAGCAUCGAGAUGCUCUCUUCACAUCAGAACCAGACGAGUGUCUCAUCCUCAACAUCAACAAAGGAAACGUCAGCGGACAAAACCACCAUGAUACGUUUGAUUGGCUUUAUUGGGGCCCAAUAGCAUAUACAGAGACCGUCAACUUGUCUGCCGACCUCCAGCUGACAACUUGUAUGUGUCAUGUACAGCUUACGGCACAACGACAGAUAUUGUCCAAGGAAUCAAUGCCUGAGCCUGCAUCUUCCAGUUUUUACUCGGAAUUCCCUUUUGACUGCAGCUUUCAGGGAGUAUCCAAGCGUCUGCUAUUCGAGGGAUGGCAAGACCUGACGCCAAUUGCGAUUACAGAUGAUUCUAAGCCUCAACUUGAGGACUGCAAGACCAAGACUCCGACUUCGCAAUUCACAGCUUCUGAGGACAUGUGGGUCGUCUUGUAUUCUCUCACUGGCUCAGAACAGCCAAAGUCGUGAUCGCCACUGGAGCUCACCACUCUAGAAAGACAGUCGAAAGCGCCUAAGGCCAUGCUGCCCAAACUUGAUUCUCGACCUGGUGAAAGAGAGCUCCUUGCUUGUAGAAUGUAUCCAAAGCAAAUUACCCCUGAAGGCCUGAUAUGUGAUGGGGAGAUGUGCUUUCAAAGCUAUCUAUCCCCCUCAUCCGUCACUGCGCCCCAUGCGUUGAUGCAACUUUUGACCACGCGGCGAAACAUGCCAUGCGUAGAUUACGAGUUGUUGACUUUGCUGAAACAUGCGAGAUGUUCAAAGCAUGCAUUGUCAUGUCUGCGCGACUUCAAGUGUGCAAUGAU